AUGCGAUUAUUCGCCAGAGGGCUACAGAUUUAAAGUUGCAAUAUUGGCGACACUGGUUGUUAGUGUUCAUCGUUGCGAUUAGAUUCUGUGUGCAAAUUGAAAUACAAAUUCUGCUUCAAAUUAUGUACAAUUGAAUUUUACACUUGUAUCCGAAACGUGAGAAUUUCAUUAUAAGCAAUGUGGAUGUGGAGGACAUCAAUUGUCACCGCAUCGGAUCGUAUAUUUCCCGGUUUAGCUUAUUAUGAUCGAAAAAAGGAAUUUUAUGAUGUAGGAAAUCAAAUACAAUCCAAUUUACCACUCCAAAUGGCAUUAUACUUUAAUGUAGGGAUAUUUCCAUUGUGGUUUGUUGUAAUAAUUGUUAACUUGGAUGCUAAAUAUUAUUACUUGACAGAUGUAUACAAAAUUAUAACUAUAGCAGUAUUUGUUGUUAUAUCAACAUUGGAAAGUUUACGACUAUAUUUGGGAUAUCUUGGAAACUUAGCUGAGAAGAUACCAGAACUGGCAAGUUUUUGGCUAAUAUCCACUCUUAUACAUUUCCCUUUAGAAAUGUUCCUCCUUUUUGAUAAUAAAACUAUACCUCAUUUUAGCGAAACAAUUGCUAAUGGUGUCAUGAGUCUGUUGCUUGUUAUUGAAAUUAUAACAGCUACGAUAGCUUUAAAACAGUUGGCAAAUCAUCAUGCUAAAAGAUUUUACAUUGCACAAUUAUAUGGAAUUGAUAAUAUAGAGUACAUUAAUGUGUAUUGA